GACAGACGCAAACGUUUUGGUGCGUAGCGAGCGUCCGGGGCUGUGGGGUGAAGACGUCGCUUGUUAGCGGUGAAGACCCGGCGUUUGCCGGGCGUCAGGGUGAUACAAAAAACCGGGGAUUUUUGUCCGCUGUUAGGCCGAAGGAGUGAGUAGCGUCGUCCUCUGUGCUUUUCAGCCCUCUGUAAAGUGCAGCUUAGACGGGGCUGCUUUACUGUGUGUAAAGAGAAUGUCGCGGUAAGGCCGCGGGGAGAUUCGGGUGACAGAAUGCGCAGCUGUGUGCGUAGCACCCGGGCCCUGUCCCCCGUCUUCUUUCCUCGUCUCCUGCUUGAUGUGAGGCAUGGGGGGGCUGAAGUGGCCCAGCGUGGCCUUUGUUGCUCCCCGAGGAGUUCAGCUGCUGGGGUGGAGGGGAGUUCCAUGCCUUUGCCAAGCCAGGCUCGUGUGGUGAUCUGUGGAGGCGGAAUCGUAGGCACCUCUGUGGCGUACCACCUAGCCAAACUCGGUUGGACGGAGGUGGUCUUGCUCGAACAGGGAAGGCUUGGGGCUGGAACCACCCGUCUGUGUGCUGGCAUCGUCAGUGUCGCCAAGCCUAUUUCCAUCGAGAGCAAGAUGGCCGACUACUCGAACACGCUCUAUGAGCAUCUAGAGGAGGAAACUGGCGUGAAAACUGGUUACAUGAGGACUGGCUCUCUGUGUCUGGCUCAGAACCAGGAUCGCUUUCUGUCCUUAAAGCGUCUCGCCUCCCGCCUCAAGGUGAUAGGGAUCAGUUGUAAUGUCAUCAAGCCCAAAGACGUGGCACAGCUGCACCCUCUAGUGAACAUCCAUGACCUGGUGGGGGCGCUGCAUCUGCCGGGGGAUGCCGUGGUGUCGCCUCCAGAUGUUAGUCAUGCCCUGGCGGUGGCAGCGGCGAGUCACGGGGUCAUGAUCCACGAGCGAACGAGUGUGAACCAUGUGAUGGUGGAGAGAGGUCACGUGACUGGUGUGGAGACUGACCGAGGACCCAUUGAGUGCGAGUACUUUGUGAACUGUGCAGGACAGUGGGCGUACGAGCUGGGCCAGGCUAGUGAGGUGAAGGUAUCGGUGCCCCUCCACGGCUGUGAGCACUUCUACCUGCUCACCAAGCCGCUGCAGCCGCUCCUGCAGCCCAGCACGCCAGUGGUGAUGGACAUGGACGGAAGGAUCUACGUGCGUGCCUGGCAGGGAGGGGUCCUGUCGGGGGGCUUUGAGAAGAAUCCAAAACCCAUCUUCACGGAGGGCAGGAACCAGCUGGAGAUCCAGAACAUGCAGGAGGACUGGGACCAUUUUGAACCUAUGCUAGGUGCUCUUCUACGUCGCAUGCCCAACCUGGACGCCUGUGAGAUCCACCAGCUGGUCAACUGUCCUGAGUCGUUCACCCCGGACAUGCGCUGUCUGAUGGGGGAGACUCCAGGAGUCCACGGCUACUUUGUCCUGGCUGGCAUGAACUCGUCUGGGCUGUCCUUCGCUGGGGGUGCCGGCAGGUACCUGGCUGAAUGGAUGACCUACGGUUACCCCACAGCCAACGUGUGGCCCCUGGACAUCACGCGCUUUGGCAGUCUACAGAGCAGCCGCACCUUCCUGAGGCACCGCGUCAUGGAAGUCAUGCCCCUGCUGUAUGAGCUGAAGGUUCCACGCUGGGACUUCCAGACAGGCCGGCAGCUCCGCACCAGCCCCCUGUAUGACCGUCUGGAUGCGCAAGGCGCUCGCUGGAUGGAGAAGCAUGGCUUUGAGAGAGCAAAGUACUUUGUUCCAGCUGGAAAAGACCUUCUGGCUCUGGACCAGAGCAAAACAUUCUACAAGCCGGAUUGGUUUGACAUCGUGGGUGCCGAGGUCAAGUGCUGUAAGGAGGCCGUGUGCGUUAUCGACAUGUCCUCCUUCACAAAGUUUGAGCUCAGUUCUACUGGGGACCAGGCCCUGGAGCUACUGCAACACCUGUGCGCCAAUGACCUGGACGUGCCAGUGGGCCACAUCGUGCACACAGGCAUGCUGAACGAGCGCGGCGGCUACGAGAACGACUGCAGCGUGGUGCGCAUCAACAAGAACAGCUUCUUCAUCAUCUCUCCCACAGACCAGCAGGUACGCUGCUGGGCUUGGAUAAAACAGCACAUGCCAAAUGAUCCACAGCUCCACCUAGAAGAUGUCAGCUGGAAAUACACAGCUCUGAAUCUCAUUGGCCCGCGAGCGAUGGAUGUUCUCUCCGAACUGUCAUACGUCUCAAUGACCCCGGAGCACUUUCCCUCUCUGUUCUGUAAGGAAAUGAGCGUAGGCUAUGCCAACGGCAUCCGGGUCAUGAGCAUGACCCACACAGGGGAGCCUGGCUUCAUGCUCUACAUCCCCAUUGAGUACGCGCUCCAUGUCUACAACGAGGUCAUGUCCGUGGGCCAGAAAUAUGGCAUCCGCAAUGCCGGCUACUAUGCCCUGCGCAGCCUGCGCAUCGAGAAGUUCUUCGCCUUUUGGGGACAGGACCUGGACACCUUCACCACCCCCCUGGAGUGUGGCCGUGAGUUCAGGGUUAAGUUCGACAAGGACACUGACUUUCUAGGGCGGGACGCUCUGCUGCGGCAGCGCCAGGAGGGCGUAUCACGGCGCUUCAUCAUGCUGGUGUUGGAGGACCAUGACUGUGAGCUGGACCUGUGGCCCUGGUGGGGCGAACCGAUCUACCGCAAUGGGGAGCUGGCCGGCGUCACCACCAGCAGCGCCUACAGCUACACGCUGGAGCGUCACGUGUGCCUGGGCUUUGUGUCGCCGCCGUCCGGCGCCCCUCCUGUCAUCACCCCCGACUUCAUCAACCGUGGUGACUAUGAGGUGGACAUUGCAGGGCAGAGGUACCCAGCCAAGGCCAAAUUGUACCCCUUCAGCUCUCUCUUUGCUCAGCAGCGCCGCCGUAAGGAUGAUAUGGAGCUUAGCAAUUUCCAGGGCAAAUAAGGGGUCAUGGCUGGACUUCUACCUGCCUCCCUGCUUGCUCCUGGCUCCCCCUUCUGCAGAGCUGAGAGGACCUCUUGGCUUCACAAGGCUGCAGCCAGUUCCUCCUUCCAAAGUGCAAUACCCAUAAGACCUGCUCUCCAACUGCCCCUGGUCCACCAGCUUGCCUCCCUGUUUUUAACACUCCUUCACUGAGGGGGGUAAGCAGCCAGACAAUCUUCACCGUCAGGGUGACAAAUCAGGACUGAACCCAUCUGCUGAAGUCAGUGCAGCACACAUAGAAGACAAGUUUGCCAGAUACUGUACCUGCUGUUGUGCAGGAUUUAGUGAGUUUUAGUCUUUUUUUCAUAUGGUAUGUUUUUUUUUGGAAUUGGUAUCUGGCAAAGCAAGGUGUAAACCUGUAAAAUGCUGGGGGACUUUAUUUACUGUUGUGUGUGUGUGUGUGUGUGUGUGUGUGUGUGUGAGAGAGAGAGAGAAAGAGAGAGAGAGAGAAGCAGCAGCAGCAGUAGGUUAAACGCAUUAAUGUUGCUGUCCAGUGAAUAUGGUCGCUGGAGAGAUUUGAUCACUGAAAAGCUGCUCCUGGAUACUGGUCAUUGCAGUGUGGCUUACUCCUUCAGUCAGGGGCUUUAAUCGCUCCAGUCAGACCAGUACUUCCUUUGUUCAGCUGUAGGGGGGGGGGACAAGGCUGUGUUGGUUUUAAGACAUUUCACCUUGGAAUCUCGCAGUACUGAAUAAAACUGCACAACGCGUGAUCCAUAUGUUCUGACCACCAGAUCUGCCGAAUGGUUCACUGCUUGUUUUUUUGUCAAUGUGGAACUCCAGAACCAGAAUGCUCGGAUUGGUUUAAGAAACAAGAGCAAAUUUACAUUGGAAUCUAGUUGCAGAAAAGUUGUUUUUUUUUGGAAUUUUGUGGUUCUGGGAUUCUACGUGAACAAACUGUAGCAGAAUGUGAGAAUUGUACGAUCUUGUCUUUCCCCCAUUUUCAAAUUUGCACAAAAUAGAAAUCAGACCACUGUGUUGAAGCUGGCUUUCUGCCUUCUGCUGACACUCUUGGAUAUGUAUCCCAUUAACUUAAUAAUGUUUUUUUUUCCAUCUUAACCAGCUGUUAAACACUUGAUUUUUCUGGUGUUCUAUUGCCAGUGGUCUAUCAUGCGAAUUCUGAAAAGGCCUUUGUAAUUUGAAAGGAAUUGCAUCAGUGUUUCUUCAACCUGAUUUGCAAUGCGUAUCUUAAGAUGACACCACAUUUCAUCGGAGAGUAAGGCUUCAGUCUGCAUGUUCACCCCUAAAAUUCAUCUUCCAGUUGGCCCAAAUGCUUCCCUGUCGUCCUUGGAGCUGUUAGCAAGGCAUUUAGAUCUGCUUCCUGCACUCAUCCACUCCUGUUUCAAUGAGUUGCUACAUCAUAAAUAUUUGUAGUUUUGUGGUUGUAUGAAUAUUUCUUGUGCUGCUAAUGUAGCGAUCGGUGAUUUAACUACAACGGGCACGCAGUAGCAUUUGUGAAGGCCGUAGUUUAUUUCCCUAAAAUAAACGGAGCAGUCAGCGACGUACAGCCUCUCCUCAAUUUACACAGCGCCAAAUCCAAGCGGAUUCUAACGGGAAUUGGCGCUGAAACUAAACAAAAAUGCGUCGCUGAUUGCUGCCACAUCUACAACACUCAAGUAGGAACCUUUGUGGUGGAACCAAAAAGUACAAACUAAACCAACAAAAUACAUAUGCAAGUACAAACAGUCACAAAUAAUCCAUGUGUCAUACAUAAGUACAUUUAAAAUUAAAAUAAAACAAAGGACUGGAGGAUUUCAUAAACUCAACAACUAUACAUUAACAUGGCUACAGUAACAUAGUGGAAAAGGCUUGUAGCAUUAGUAGUGUUAGAUGUUGCUCUGAACAUCGAACUGUUUGGCCUGCCAAUCAUGCAUCGACCCUCUGCUGAUUUUGUAAGUCCUCAGGCAGCCAAUUCAAAAAUCAUGUGUAGUCUGUGGUAAUGUAUUUUUUUUUAUUCUUAUUUGCUCAGCUUCGUUUAAAGUUAGCACAAAGAUCAUUUGGAUACACUCGUUGAGGUUUACCCAAAUUUGUAGCCCUGUAUUGUCAGUCAGAGAAUGACUGUGAUGUGAUUGGGACUCUGUGCUAGAACCCCAAUCAGACAGGGUGGGGUGUGUGGGGAAGCGGGCAGUGUUGCCAACUUAGCGACUUUGUCGCUAUAUUUAGCUAGUUUUUAGACCCCUCUAGCGACUCGUUUUCAAAAAAGAGACUAGGGACAAAUCUAGUGACUUUUUCAGGUGUUAUUGGAGACUUUUGGAGACUCUGACGUGAAAGCACGUAUCGUUAUACUCUCCUCACCGAACAGCGGGUGCUGCCGUGGGCUCCUCUCCUGUUCCAAAGCACUCAGACGGUCAGUCCUCGCGUAGCAGCCCCGCCCAGCUGCAGUCAGAGCAGGAGAUGUUCACCCCUCCGCGUCUAAAUUACAAAUGAAUUGCGCAUGUGCGAAGCCUCCACUGGCUGAUCCUGCCCUGGUUUAGUUCAGGGUGGGAUGUAAAUUUAAAAUUUUCUAUGUCAAAUAAAUGACUGCACUAAAAUAAACUACAGAUUUGACUCA